AUGGAUCAAAAAACAAAUGAUCAAACAGAAAAUGAAGAUAAAGAGGGAAAUGGUGAAGAAGACAGUGAUAAUGGUGCAAGUCAACCAGAAGUAGAUUAUUUGCUUGAUUCAAAUGAAGCAGAUAAGAAUAAAACAGAAGGUAAAAUUAGAGUAAAAGAGAAAGAUGCAAAGAGGAAUGAAAAUCAGAAUGAUGAAGAAGAAAAAGAUGAUCAUGCUAAGGAAACAAAUAAUCAUGAAGAGACUAUUCAACAAACUAAAAAUCAAAAUUUGUUGGAUAAAGUUGUUGAUAACAUGGUGGACAAUGUCCUUGGAAUUGGAGUUUCAAGUUUAAAUAGUCAAGAAGAUGAAAUCUGGAAUCACCCUGAAAUGAAAACUAUUUUCGAUAAUAUUGAUAUAGGAUCACCAAUGAGUACAGGUAAAACUAAUACUCUUGCAGAAAAAGAAAAAUCAGAAGGUAUACAUGAACAAGGAACAAAAGUUGAAAAAACAAAAGGAGAUGAUACAGGCAAGGAAAACUCUGAAGAUAGAAAUGAAGGAGGAACGGAAGCUAAGAACACGAAAGAUGGAUGUGAAGAAAAACAAACAGAAAUUGAAAAAGGAAAUGCAGAAGAUAGAGGACCAUCAAAGCAUGAUCUAGAUCAACCAAGAGAGAAGAAGCUUGCUGAUGCUUUCAAAUCACCUUUCAAAUGCAGAAUAACAGACACAAAACCCAAACUGACACAUCAGGAGAGUAUUGUCUGUGAAUGGUUGUUCAACUUACAAGGCAAUACAUCAGAUGUGGUUGUCCAGACAAAAUAUGAUCAGAUAGCAGAAAAGAGCAGUUAUGGAAAGUCUAUAUGCAAACACAAAGAUUUUUGGAGAAGUUUUAGACACUUGACUGCUUAUCUAACUUCAACAUUGUCUGAUGAAAGAAAGUAUGAAAAAUUCAAGGAGAACUUUCAUGACAGUACCAAUGGGUACAAAAAAAUCUUGAACAUAAAAGAUAUUGACAUGGUAUUCUUUCCAGUUGUUAAAAGUGCUCACAUUUUUGUGAUUGUCUUCAACUUAAAGAAACCGUCAAUUGAAAUUCUAGACAAUAGUGCAGUUGAGGGGGAUUAUGAAGGGAAAUACGGAGUAAUAAUGAAACCUUUGAAAAAUUUGUUUGUGAGAUACUUUAAAGAAAUAAACCAUCCAAGAGCAAAUGCAAUCUCAAAAGAAAGUAUCAAACCCCAAUGA